AAAUGUUGCCCAAACAACAAAACAUGCCAAGUGACAACAAUCAUUAUAAACCCGCAAUUAACAUUAAAAACGAACAAUACAAGGAGCGUUUCUUAUUAUUAAAUAUACAAAAUGAGAGCACAGAUGCAAUCCACAAAUCCGGGAAGGCUCGCCUUUGUGGCUGAAUGGUUUCAUGUCGAGGCAGGAAUUACACACACUUAUCUUUUAACAUAUUAUUUAAGCGACGGCGCCGUCGAAGUGUUUGAUCAGCGUAGCAAGAAGACGUUUUUGCGACGAACCAAAAUCCCUGAACUAAGUGAUCGCGAUUUCUUUGUUGGCUCGAAGAUCAAUGUGUUUGGACGGCAAUUUGAUAUUGUUGACUAUGGCGAUGAAGUCACUCGCAACACUUUGGCCAAAUACCGCAAGCGAGCCUUUGCGCUGCUUAAGAGCAGCAUGUGGCCAAAGAAUCUGGGUGAAUUUCUGACCACACUCAUAGACAACAAGAUCAACAUUAACAACGCCUUAAUGGUUCAGUUCACACCGAAAACAGUUACACAGUUUUUGUCCAGCAAACAGGAUGACGAUGUCCACACAUCCGUGCUAAUGAAUGAACUGCUAGCUGGACCUGCGAUUAGUCUGGAACUGAUCGGUGACAAUGUGGCUGAGAUCAUCGCAGCCUGCUCCAAGUACAAUACAGAGAAUGCCUCCACUAAGAUCGAGUUGUCGCCCAGCAUGCAGCAACUCUUCGAGCGGGAAGAGGUGCGCUAUGGUUUCUAUUGUCCAGAAAGAGAAGAAAAGGUUCCCAACGAUUUGAAGUUCUUUUUCGAGGAGCGUCACAGCAUUAUAAAGGAUUGUCGCUUUAAGAAUAGCACUUUGGCCAUCAUUAAGCCGCACUGCAUCAAGGAUGGUUUUCUGGGGCAAAUUUUAAAUGAGAUUUUAACAUCUGGCUUCAAAAUCGAAGCAAUGCGCAUGCUGCUCAUGGCUCGAGCCAAUUGCGAAGAGUUCUACGAAGUCUAUCGCGGCAUCCUGCCUGAGUUUAUUCCUAUGGUGGCGCAGCUGGCCAGCGGUGUUUGCAUGUGCCUGGAGAUUGUCUGUGAGGAUCCCGAGAAGAAUUCGUAUCAGGAAUUCCGGAGCUUUUGCGGUCCAAUGGAUCCGGAAAUUGCAAAACUGCUACGUCCUCAUACUUUGCGCUCUAAAUUUGGUGUAUCCAAGGUGCUGAAUGCUGUGCACUGCACUGAUCUGCCAGACGAUACAAAUUUGGAAUUGCAGUACAUGUUUAAGAUACUCGAAUGAUUUCAGUUGUCCGUGUUUCUUUUCUCCUGUGCAUAAAUUAAAUGUAAUUCUAUAAAAA